AUGUUUAGCAGUCUUCAUGCGGCGGUUGUCUACAGUCAUGCUACGCCGGCUGUAGUUCUGGCAACUGUAACUGCCAACAAACUUGCGGAGGCGUCUGUGGAACCGCAGCUGUGGGAGCCUAUUCUUCAUGCGGCGGUUGUCUACAAUCUUGUUAUGCCGGCUGUGGCUCAGCCAAUUGCAACUGCCAGCAGACGUGCGGUAAUGUUUGCGGAGGUGUCUCUGUGGGAGCUUACACAUGCAGCGGUUGCCUACAAUCGUGCUACGCCGGUUGUGUAUCAGGAAACUGCAACUGUCAGCAGACGUGCGGAAGUGCGUGUGGAGGCUUCAGCAUGGGCGGCUAUGGUGGUUACUCUUCAUGUGGCGGCUGUCUACAGUCAUGCUACGCUGGCUGUAGUUCUGGCAACUGUAACUGCCAACAAACUUGCGGAGGCGUCUGUGGAACCGCAGCUGUGGGAGCCUAUUCUUCAUGCGGCAGUUGCCUACAAUCAUGUUACGCCGGUUGUGGAUCCGGUAGCUGUAACUGUCAGCAGACCUGCGGUAAUGUAUGCGGAGGUGCUCGUUACUCUGUGA